CCCGCCGCUCGCUCGUAUUGCGCAUGCGGCGGUCGGUGAGCGGCUGGGCGAUGGCGGCUUCUUCAAGUGGGGAGAAGGAGAAGGAGCGGCUGGGAGGCGUCUCGGUAAUGGCAGGCGUUGGCAGUACACGAGAGCGGCUGCUGUCUGCGCUGGAAGAUCUGGAGGUCUUGUCGAGGGAACUUAUAGAAAUGCUGGCAAUUUCAAGAAAUCAGAAGCUGUUACAGCUGGAUGAGGAAAACCAGGUCUUGGAGUUGCUAAUUCACCGAGAUGGGGACUUUCAAGAACUAAUGAAAUUAGCACUUACUCAGGGAAAAGUUCACCAUGAAAUGCAAGCCUUAGAAAAAGAAGUAGAGAAGAGAGACAGUGAUAUUCAGCAACUGCAGAAACAGCUAAAAGAAGCAGAACAGAUACUGGCAACGGCUGUUUACCAAGCAAAGGAGAAACUCAAGUCAAUAGAGAAAGCAAGAAAAGGUGCUAUCUCCUCAGAAGAAAUCAUUAAAUAUGCACAUAGGAUUAGUGCAAGCAAUGCUGUGUGUGCACCACUGACUUGGGUUCCAGGAGACCCUCGGAGGCCGUACCCAACUGAUUUAGAGAUGAGAAGUGGAUUGUUGGGUCAGAUGAACAACCCUUCCACAAGUGGUGUGAAUGGUCAUCUCCCAGGGGACGCCCUGGCAGCAGGUAGACUGCCAGAUGUCCUUGCUCCACAGUACCCGUGGCAGUCAAAUGACAUGUCUGUGAACAUGCUACCACCCAAUCACAGCAGUGACUUUCUGCUGGAGCCUCCUGGGCACAACAAGGAGAACGAAGAUGAUGUCGAGGUUAUGUCAACGGACUCUUCAAGCAGCAGUAGUGACUCCGAUUGAAGAAGGCGUGUGGCAGCACACCGACCAACUCCAGUGCUGUAGAGAUCUGUCCCAAGGGAAAUGCAGACCACAGACCGCUGGUUUUCUAUGUCAUUUGCUGGGCACAUGUUUGAGGAUUAGUCAGAAUUCCUGUUGUGUUGAGUUCAUACUUAGCAGCUCUGGAAAGGAGACUGAAGGAGAAUGACACACGACUCUGGGAUUACUUGAAAGGGCUGAGCCAGGCAUGGAGACUCAUACCUGUAAUCCCAGCACCUGGGAGACUGAGGGAUUGCUGUGUGUGCAGGGCCAGCUUGAGCUACAUAGUAAGCUCUGAGCCGUCAUCAGGGCUACAGAGCAGCCCUGGCCAGAACAAAGGCUGUGGAGUGUGUGGUAUUUCAAACAGAAAGUGCUCACUUGAAAGUAGAGUCGGCUGCUUUUGCGGCGACAGAACUGUCACUAUUUUAGGUGGGGUAAAUACUGUAAUUUGUGUAAAUAAACUUGCUUUUCUUUGUA